UCUACGUCACACGUCACAGACUCAGGCUCAGGCCAGGUUGUCUACAAUCGUACUCGCAUUUGAAGCGCAUUCGUUAACACAGACACGGAUCGUGUCGCCGACAAGCUUCUCCAGCUCUGUAAUAAAAGUAUCCGGUAAAACAGUAAGGCUCCUCAGCCUGACACUUGGUAAAGCAGACUACACACAAAGUGACUAACUUCGAUCAUCGUCAACCCCACGGGGGUGUUGCCUGAGAGCGCAAAGGGUGCACCUUUAUUCUCUCACGGCGAUAGACAUCAUCAUGGAGUGUGACAUUUGCCUAUCGGAGUACGACCAGGUGGGGCGCACUCCCAAGGUGGUGCCGUGCGGUCAUACGGUGUGCCUGCAAUGCCUCCAGCAGAGCACGAGGAAGGAAUGCCCUUCGUGUCGCACGGUGUUUACUGCUGCUCCCGUUUGCCUCCCCAACAACUUCUCUCUGCUGCGGCUGCUGGAGCGCCAAGGCGACGCCAGGUACCACAUCAAGUCGCGGUUGAGGAACCAAGGACUGCAGCUGAGGGGCAAUCGCCAUGUGCGGCCCAGGGACGAUCCACCCCGGCCCCUGUACCGAUGUCGUCGACCCCCUUGCGAUGUAUGAACGUAAAGAUGCUCAACCUCAGCGGCCCGCUGGAGAAGGCGGCCACCCUCGUGGACGUGACAGGGGUCGAGCGGCUGGUCAACGUGGAGUGCAACCGUGACCCCGACUGGAGCUUGCAGCUGCUGCAGUGCGCCGCGUCGUCGCUGGAGCAGCUGAGCGUCUUCUACCCGCAGGAGGCCCACCUGCACGCGCUGCAGACCAUGCCGCGCCUGCGCAGGCUGCACGUGUCGCACCCGGGAGGGAGCGCCAACGAAAUCGUCCCGGACGCGCUGGCCCCCGUGCUGCAGGCCCUGCCCCCGGGAUACGGCGGCCUCCAGUGGCUCCGGGCGUGGCGCCUGCCCCGGCCGACCCUGCAGUCGCUGCUGAGCGCCCACGGCCACUCCCUGGAGUACCUGCAGCUGCGCGUCGGCACCAAGGGCCGCAACGCGUGGCCGCUGAGCUGCGGCGACCUGGAGGACUUCCUGCGGAACUGCAACCUGCGGGCGCUGCGGAGGCUGGUGAUGGUGAGGAGGGACUGCAGCCACACCCUGGCCGCCUGCAACCUGCAGCGUGCAAAGGUGCAGAGACUGCUCUCCGGCACGCGAGUGCUCUGCGACUUGUGUGACCACGUGCCAGUAGACGUGUUAUAGGGGUACCUGGCCGACCGCAUGGGUGCGAGGACACUGUUUGAUUUGUACAUAUCUUUUUGAUCUGUAUCCAUUCGGAUUUUCUGAGUUCACGAACUCACCCAGUAAUCUAGUAAUAUGAUCAGUCUAAAAUUGAUUAAAAGUGUUUGUUUUUUCAGA